CUGGCCUACAAGCGGCAGGUGACCACGGAGCAGGCGCAGGUGUAUGCGGAGAAGCUGGGUGUCACUUUCUUCGAGGUCAGCCCGCUGUGCAACUUCAACAUUACCGAGUCGUUCACUGAACUCGCUCGCAUCGUGCUGAUGAGACACGGCAUGGAGCGGCUGUGGAGGCCAAACAAAGUGUUGAGUCUGCAGGACUUGUGCUGUCGCUCCAUCGUCUCCUGCACUCCGGUCCACCUGGUGGACAAACUCCCCCUCCCUCUGGCUCUCAAGUCUCACCUUAAGUCUUUCUCCAUGGCCAACGGCCUCAAUGCCCGCAUGAUGCACGGACGCUCCUACUCUGUCACCGCCAACGCCCACCACGGAGCCACCAAGAGGACAGGAGGCACACUGCUGAAAAAACCCAAACUGAUCCGGCCGCCGCCGCUCAGCCCGUCUGCACAGAGCUGCAGGAACAGCUGCAAGAUAUCCUAACCGCUGCACCUGAACGCACCGUCACCUGUGACACCCUGCUACUUCCUAAAACCUGUCACAGAGCAGCAGAAAAGGACUAACGAUUGGAUUACAUGAUGAUGUACAUGAUGCACAUAAACAGACAAAACUCAAACUUUUCAUGAAAACUGUUGAUGAACUUCGGACAAAAAAAAUCACCUGAAACUGUUAAAAAAACAGCUGUUUGGUGACGUUUGAUGUCUGUCUUGUUGUCGUGGGUAACCGUUCGAUCACAGAGGACAGUGUCAACAGGAAGCGUUGUCGAAAUGACAAAGCAAGGACUUUUUUCUGCAGCCGCUAUCGUUUGAAACCAGUUUUUUUCAUUCAGAAAUACAACGGAGUA